AUGCUGGACUCUGUCGACGUGUUCAUCUUCGAUUGCGAUGGAGUGAUUUGGAAGGGAGAUAGCUUGAUCCCAGGUGUUCCCGAGGUGCUCGAGAAACUUCGAGCAGCCGGAAAGAAGAUUUUCUUCGUUACGAACAACAGCACCAAGAGCCGCAAGGGUUACAAGGCCAAGUUCGACUCUUUGGGACUGAACGUCAAUCCCGAGGAGAUUUUUUCUUCAUCGUUUGCAGCAGCUGCAUACCUUGAGCAAACCAAGUUCAAGGAGACUGGGAAGAAAGUAUACAUCAUCGGCGAGCGAGGCAUCCAGGAAGAGUUGGACCUCAUCAACGUUCCAUGGACUGGUUUUGCUCUUCCUCACGAUGAGGAUGUUGGUGCCGUCAUUGUCGGCUUUGACCGCUACAUCAACUAUUACAAGAUCCAGUACGCUCAGUUGUGCAUCAACGAAAACCCUGGAUGUCAGUUCAUCGUCACUAACUUGGAUGCCGUCACCCACUUGACCGACGCGCAGGAAUGGGCUGGAAAUGGCUCCAUGGCUGGCGCUAUCAAGGGGUGCACUGGAAAGGAGCCAACUGUUGUUGGCAAGCCAUCACCCCUGAUGAUCGACUACAUUGCCGACAAGUACAAGAUCGAUCGAUCAAGGAUCUGCAUGGUCGGUGACAGAUUGGACACGGACAUUGUCUUCGGCAACAGCAACGGAUGCGUCAGCUGCCUGACCUUGUCCGGUGUCACUACGGAGGAGAAGUAUCUUUCAGCGAACAACAAGAUCAAGGCGAAUUACUACGUUGACUCUAUCGCUGACUUCUUCUAA